UUUAAUGUAGGUCUGCCUCUGCAGGUUUCAGGGAUCUCACUCAGAUAAGAACCUGGAACAAGCACUCACACGGUUACAAAGAUAGACAGAGGGGCGAAGGGAGAACGGUCAGGAAGGGACUUGGGCUCUCAGCCGGGAGGGGUUGUUUUCAGGAGAGACUGCAGAGAGAUUCCUGCUAUUGGAUGCAGAUGUUGGAGAGGGGUUUAAAGCAAGAGGAGACAAAAUCAGGACAGCUCUGAGCAGCACACCCAAGAGGAGUGACCAGGAUUCAAACACAAGGAUCGUGGGCCUGACAAAACAGGAAGAGGUUUCCCACGUUGGAAUUUAUGAACGAGUCAACAGUGAAUGUUUGACAAAGGCUUGGAGGCUGCAGCUGAGAGAGGAUCUCCCAGAGGAACCGGCCCACUGCUGUUGCUUGGAUCACUUUCCAGUUGAAUUUUAGCUUCUGCUUGUUGGCUUCUUCUUGACAGUGUCAGCCAUGUCCGAGCAGGAAGAGGUGUCCUACACCGAGGCCAUUCAGAAGGCCAACGACUCCAUCUCUCGCUUCCCUCUCAUCCCGAUCAGAGGGAUUCCUCUCAUGAACCACAUUGCCAACAACUUUGACUCUAUCCAGGCUUUUCGUCCGGACCCCUCGGACAUCUUCAUCGCCACCUACCCCAAAGCAGGGACCACGUGGACUCAGGAGAUUGUUGACCUGCUUCUUCAUAACGGAGAUGCAGAGUUCUGCAAACGAGCCCCAACCCCCGUCCGCAGUCCUUUCCUGGAGAUCUUCUCCCCCCCGCCCAUUCCCUCAGGUCUUGAGCUUCUGUCAAAAAUGGAUCCGCCGAGAAUUAUCAAGACACACCUUCCUUUUCAAUUGGUGCCAACUGGAUUUUGGGAAAGCAAGUGCAAAACGAUCUACGUGGCACGCAAUGCCAAAGACAAUGUGGUGAGCUACUUCCACUUUGACAAGAUGAAUCUGACCCAGCCGGAGCCGGGCCCCUGGGACGGCUAUGUCCACAAGUUCAUGCGUGGAGAGUUGUCUUGGGGCUCCUGGUAUGACCAUGUGAAAGGAUACUGGGCGGAGAGAGAGAAGAGGAACAUCCUGUACCUCUUCUUUGAGGACAUCAAAGAAAAUCCCCGGCGUGAAAUUGAGCGCAUCAUGAGGUACCUGGACCUGUCGGUCUCAGAUGAGGUCAUCAGUCAAAUUGUGGAACUCACGUCCUUCAAGAGCAUGAAGGAGAAUCCGAUGACCAACUACUCCUGCGUGCCGGCCUCUGUGUUCAACCAAUCCGUCUCCUCCUUCAUGAGAAAAGGUGAAGUGGGCGAUUGGAAAAACCAUUUCACACCCGAGCAAUCGAAGAUGUUUGAGGAAGACUAUGAAAAGCAAAUGAAGGGCGUCAAUAUCCCGUUCAGGAGCCUCAUCUAAUGGACUUUACACGUUGAUGCGGCUCGGCGAUGGACUGACACCGGGCAGCUCUCAGAGGAAGUACUACGAGUAAUCCUGAUGCAAGCUGAAAACCAAAUGUUAAACUGCCAUGUGUGUGUGAGUGUGUGUGUGUGUGUGUGUGUGUGUGUGUGUGUGUGUGUGUGUGUGUGUGUGUGUGUGUGUGAAGGAUCAAUAAAAAUGUGCUCCACAAUACAAGUGCAUGAGUUUUGUAAUUAUCACUUUAUUGCAUCUUAUCAAGUAAACAAUAUAUAAGACCAAAAGUGUUGUGACCGCGUGGACAGGCCCAUGUAGUCAUGAGACCUCCAUGAGUCCACUGACUGCGUGAAGCCUAAAGAGAGCGCCGGCAGCUGGAGGCACGUGGUGGUUCUGCUCGUAUGAAAUCACCCUGCAACCCUACACCACGCUGUACAGAGCCCAGCCGGAAGCAGGGAGGCUGCACGGGACACGGGCGACAAAGACUAGAAUAAAAGUAAUGAGCUGGAAAAUCAAUGAUAGGAAAAUGGACAGAGGACACCAAAACACGACAGCGGAAAAUAUCCAAGUUUAACAAAAAAAUCACUUUUAAUACAUACUUUAUUGCUUAGAAUAAAAUCUUAAAUAUUUUAUCUGUAUGGAUACUUCCCUUCAUUUUAAUUAAAUCUCCCUCCUUAUAUAGAGGCUAUUUUUAUGUUUUGUGUUUUUUGAUGAAGUUUUUUUUGUGUUUUUUUAUGUUUUCUCCUCUUCUUUUGGUUGGCCCACUAUGGCUCCCCUCUUUGGUUGAGAUCUUCUUCUCCUCUCUCUCUCUCUCUCCUUCUCCACCUCUUUCUCUCCAACCC